AUGCUUCUCAGAGGCUGGCUCCUGUUGGCCUUCAGUGCAAUUCUCCUCCCGGCCUGGGCCAUGGCCCCCAAAGGACUGUGCCCAAGGAGGGGCAGUGGCCCAGUGCCAGGGUCCACUGCCGCCAUCAUGGGCCUGCUGGUUUUCCCAAUCAGCCUGGCCUCACCGUUCGCCAAGGAAGUCUGUGAAGCCUCCUCCAUAUACCAUGGUGGGAGGUGCUAGCUGGGCUGGGGCUAUGUAACUGCCAUCUUCAACGCAGUCCUGGCCAGCCUCCUGCCUGUGAUCAGCUGGCACCGAGUGACCAGUGUCCAGGGGAUGACCAUCCUGUUCUCCAGAGACACUGAGAAAAUCAUCCUUGUGCCAGAAAUGAACAAAUAA